GGCUCGGCGCCCGGCCGCCCGCCUCCGAGCAGUGCUUCGACCGGUUCCACUUCCAGAUCGAGGAGAUCGUCCUCGACCAGUACCAAGCUACCCACGGUGGAAACGGAACAGAUCAGGGUUAUCAGGGAAGGAAGAAGCUGACAAUGAUGAUAAUUCCUAGCAUUUUCGUCCCAGAAGACUGGUCAUUCACCUUUUAUGAAGGACUAAAUAGACAUCGAGAUUCGAUCUUUAAAGAUAAGACUGUUGCUGAGCUUGGCUGUGGCAAGGGGUGGAUUACUAUUGCAACUGCUGCAAAAUGGUCACCCAUGAAGGUGUAUGGUCUUGAUAUUAAUCCUAGAGCAGUGAAGAUUUCUUGGAUAAACUUAUAUCUGAAUGCUUUGGAUGAGAAGGGUCAACCUAUAUACGACAGUGAGGGGAAAACUUUGUUGGACAGAGUGGAGUUUCACGAAUCUGAUCUACUAUCUUAUUGUAGAGAUAACGAUAUCAAACUCGAACGGAUCGUCGGAUGCAUACCUCAGAUCCUCAAUCCCAAUCCUGAUGCUAUGUCUAAGAUGAUAACGGAAAAUGCAAGCGAGGAAUUCUUGCACUCCUUGAGUAACUAUUGCGCUUUCAGGUUCAUUUAGAUUUUCAUGCUAUAAGCUUUUCCAUCUACCGCAAAUUCAGAUUUAACUGCAUAAUGAAACUAUAGUUCUAAGUCUAUGGUCUUUUUGCUGGGAAAACUUGCUUCUUUACCUCAUCUACAUAUUGACAGUUUAGCUGCAUUGAGUUUAACGUUCCAUAUUUACUUCAAAUUAUCAAACGUCUCCUGAUUUCUUUGGGUGAUAUUGAAAACAGAAGUAGUCUACUGUUUGUUAUCUUCAUAUUGGUUCCUUAAGUAGCUUUUACCUUUUGUUACCCUUGAAGAAAGUAUAAAAUCAUGCCCGAUAAUUUUGAUGUUGUUCUAGUGGAAACCCAUCAUGGUGAAAAGCCAUGG